CUCAACAGUUUCUUUUGUUUUAAGAAUGUUUAUAACCUGAAUUUUGGAUAACGAGGCCACAAUAGAAAACCAACAUCUGUCAAACCUUUGUCUUGAUCACUUAGUUUCUGGCUAAAACACUUUUUUUUUUCUAUGGAUCCUAGACUUCAACAAGCUGCUGAAUCUGGAAGCAUCGAUGAGUUGUAUGCUCUUAUUGAUGAGAAUCCAUACAUACUUGAUCACUUUGAUGUGGUGCCAUUUGUGAACACUCCCCUCCACGUAGCUGCAGCUGCAGGGAAGAAACAAUUUGCCAUGGAAAUGCUGAAUCUUAAACCCUCUUUUGCCAGAAAGCUGAACACAAGCGGCUACAGUCCACUGCAUCUCGCUGUGGAUAAUGAUCAAAGAGGCUUUGUCUCCAGGAUGCUUUGGCUUGAUCACAGCCUUGCCCGUGUAAAAGGGAGAAAUGGCAUCACACCGUUUCUUUCCCUAGUGUUAAGAGGAAACGCGGAUCUUGUGGCAGAGUGCCUCCUAACUUCCCCUGAAUGUAUCGAAGAUGUGAAUGUGAAUGGCCAAAAUGCACUUCAUCUAGCUGUGAUAAAUGACAGAUUUGAAGUUCUCCAAGUCCUCACGGGAUGGAUCCAGAGAAUGAGCCAAAAAAAUGCUGACUCGAUCGAGAUUCUUGUUCUGAACAAAAGGGAUUUCGGCUACAACACAGCCUUGCACUUUGCAGCAUAUAAGAAUGAUCAUCAGGUAAUUAGACUUCUACUAGAAUGCCGGUUGGUGCAGCGGAACAAAGUCAAUGGUGCCGGUUUAACAUUCCUUGAUAUCUUAAGAAAUCAGGGACAGAGAGCUGCAGGGGCAGAGUUAAGAAGCCAGGGACACAGAGCCGCAGGUGGAGAGUUAAGAAGCCAGGGACAGAGACCCGUGGCCGUGGGUGUGGACUUGGAUUUGGAACAAGUUGUUGUAAAAACUGGGUGUAAAGAGGCAGCUUCAGUGCGAAAAUCCAAAGCAAGGUCUGAAUUUUUGAAAUCACCAAUCACUUUCGUGACAUAUUGCUCCACGAGCAUGAGACGCCUAAGGUCUAAAACUUCUGAUGAUGCUCGGGGAGUGUUCCUGAUUGUAUGCGCUUUGAUAAUAACAGCCACUUAUCAGACUGCCCUCCAGCCUCCCGGAGGUGUACACCAAUCUGAGGACGCGAAUGCGGGUUCUGUAGUGAUGAAACAGACAUUCUUCAUCCUUCUUUGGGUUUCCAACACCGUAGGUUUCUGCUGCGCUUUAUUCUACACCUUUUGUCUCAUACCACUUGGUAGUAUGUUUGCUACGUGGUUCUUUUGGACUGGGACAUCUCUGUGCAUUUCUUAUGCACUAGCAAUAGCAGUAAUCUCACCACAUCCUCUAGUGUUUCUUUCAGCCACCGUUGCCUUCUUCCUGCUUUUUGCUCUCUUUUUCUUGUUGGAUGCUUUCGUAACUGGUUGGCGGAACCAUGAGACGGUGGCACCUAAGCCCCGAUUGAGCUGGUUUUGGAAGGUUUGAUAUAUCACUACUAUAACAGAGGAGAAGGCUUUGAGAAUGCAAACGAUGUAAGCCUUCAACAUAUGACACAUCUCUCUUAUGAGUUGUGACUUGCAAUGUACUGUGCCAAGUAGUAAAUAGGCUUAUAUAUAUAUGUAAAAUCUUGGUAUUUUAAUGAGUUUUAUUAGGUUUUAAGCUGUUUCAAUCCCAGAUAGAGCAAGCAAGAAAAAACAUA